CUAAUCAUGGGUGGAUCCCAAGUGACUUACGGCUACGAAAGAGAAGAUGCCCCUCGAAUAGACGGCCAAACAAGACCAUGGAGACACAUCUCUCUGAACGCAGAGGAAGACCUCGUCUGCGAGGUAUACCCAGGCGUGGAUACCAUCAAAUAAGUCCUUCCUCAGAUCAGUCGAGAAGUACCCGUACGAAGACUUUUUGGGAAAAAGAGUUAGGACAGGAACCAGGAUCGUGACCGACCCGAAAACUGGCAAGAAAGUAUCGGUUAAUACUUAUGGAGAUUACCAGUGGAAGAAUUACAGAGAGGUCCAUGAAUACUGCGAUUUCUUGGCAAAAGAGAUCUUUCAUCAAGAGCUUUAUAAUACUGUUGAAGAGGAAGGCAGAAAGCUAAAGCUUAUAGGCAUUUUUGGUAAAAAUAGUAUGGAAUGGGUCAUCGCAGACCUUGCCUGUGCUAUGGGAGAUGUUAGUGUAGUCACUCUUUAUGAUACAUUGGGAGCAGACUCUACAAGAUAUAUCAUUGAUCAAUGCCAACUCAAAACUAUCUUUGUUACCAGAGAUAAAAUCCCAGGCUUAUUAAAAUUGGCUAAAGAUGGGAAAGUUGAUUGUCUUAAGAACCUAGUCCUUCUCGAUAAAUUUACAGAAGGAGAUGUCAAAGCAUGUGAUGAAGUUGGGAUAAAAGUUCACGAGAUUUACGAUCUUGUUGCUAAAGGAAAAGAGAUAGAAGAAGAAAUAAAGUUGCCAGAACCCUAUAGAGAUUCGAUUUAUACCAUCUGAUAUACAAGUGGAACUACCGGAGAUCCCAAAGGAGUAAUGCUAACUCACAUAAACUGUAUAUGUCCAGGAGCUGGUUUGAUCAAAAUGGAUGUUCCUCUUUACCAAGAGGACGUACAUAUUUCAUAUCUCCCUCUUGCUCAUGUAUUAGAAAGGGUUGUAUAUGUUACUCUCACAGGUAGAGGAGCAAAGAUCGGAUUUUAUCAUGGAGAUAUGCUCCGUCUCAAAGAAGACCUUGCUCAACUGAAGCCAACCUUAUUUGUCUCAGUUCCUCGCCUCUAUAACAGAUUUUACGAUGGAAUGAUGGCUAAGGUAAAUGCCCAAACAGGAAUGAAAAGGAAACUAGCAAACCUAGCUAUCUCUAGUAAGCUAUCCAAGCUAGAGAAGUCCGGAGACCCAACACAUAUGAUCUAUGACAAGCUUGUAUUUAACCAGUUCAAAGAUGCUAUUGGCGGAAAUGUCAGAAUGUUAUUGACAGGAUCUGCUCCUAUUUCCAAAGACAUCAUUAAUUUCCUAAAAAUAGCCUUUUGAUGCCCAUUUUAUGAAGGAUAUGGCCAGACAGAAACCUCAGCAGCUUCAUGCCUUACCUUCUCAGAGGAUGGAGAAUCAGGCCAUGUCGGAGGAGUCAUGCCUCAUAAUGAGCUAAAACUGAUAGAUAUCCCUGAGAUGGACUACCUUACGACUGAUGUUGAUGAAACUGGAAAUUUAGUACCAAGAGGAGAAAUCUGAUUUAAAGGUCACGGAAACUUUGCUGGAUAUUUCAAACAACCUGAGAAGACAAGGGAGACUCUUGAUAAAGAUGGAUGGGUCCACACAGGAGAUAUUGGAGCCAUUCUUCCUAAUGGAGCUUUAAAGAUCAUCGACCGGAAGAAGAACAUCUUUAAGUUAGCCCAAGGCGAGUAUAUCGCCCCUGAAAAGCUAGAGAAUCAAUACAAUAAGAUUCCUCUUGUAAAGCAGCUUUUUAUUUAUGGAGAUUCUUUACAGAGCGAGCUAGUUGCUAUAGUAGUGCCUGAAGAUACAGAAGUCCUUAAAGAAGCCGAGAAAAAAGAUAUCGAUACCUCAAAUUUAGAAGAGUUUUAUAAAUCACAAGAGUGGCUUGAAAUGAUAACUGAGAAAUUUACUGAUUCUAAGAAAGAAGCAGGGUUUACAGGAAUGGAGAUACCUAAAAAUAUAGAAAACGACCUCCUGACCCCCACAAUGAAAGUCAAAAGGAACGAAGCCAGGACCAAAUACCUCAAAGAGAUCAAGUCUAUGUACAACGGUAACAAACUUCAGGGUGAAGACUAACCGUAAUCGUCAUUAUUCAACCAAACCAC